AGUGCAUUAAUGAUGCUGGGCUGCUCAAUCCCUCAAGAAAGAGACUUCUUUUAACUGGAAUCAGCAGCGAAAUGAGGAGCUUUUCUUGAGAAACUUCGGAAGAUAUUGGAUGAAUCAGUGUUUAUUUUCUUCACUCACUUGACUACCAACAGGUUUUGCCGGUCGGCGAAAGUGAAAUUAAAAACCGCAGGGCUUGCGUAAUUUAGAAGAAGUUUAUCAGUGAGCCCGUGAGCUAGCUCAAAUUGCUAGCCCAGUGUGUUUAAGAAGUCAGCCAGCCGUUUGUCUCAAUAUGUUGCGGGGUAACUAGUUAGCAAGGGCAGCGCACUUGUGCUUUUUGUACCCGACAUGUUUUUGCGAGAGGACAACGAGUGCGAGGCAGCAAGCCGUUGGACCUCAGAGGAGCCCAGGCAACUUCACCAUGGCUGAACAACAAAAACAGCUGCUCUGUUGAUGUGAGAAAAAAAAAAGGUUCAGGAGGACAACAUCAGCGACUAUGAGCAGGGCGGAACAAAAGGACAGAGGCUUGUCCACAAGCGAGGACUCUCUCCCAUGUUUCCACAACUCCAAAGCUGACCCGCUGAUCCGAAGCCGACCACUCAGUGACAUAUACCCAUUUCAGAGUCAAGGUGACAGAAGUGCAGUCCCAUAUCUGCUGUCUGGAUGUGGCGCCCAGGUACAGCCGAUGACUGCAGGUCCUCUCACUGAUGAGCGCAAACUGAACGGCAUCAACUCUUCUGCUUGGUCCAACCCUGUCAUAGGUCAACCUGAGGGAAAGCCUUACUCCUCGAGAAUCAUGAGGCUUUUUUCAAACUCGAGGAAGGGCCCUGUCCCUGCUCCCAGUCCAACCACUGACUGUCCCGCCUCAGCCCACAGCAACGACAGCAACAGCAGCCCCCAGACCUGGUCAGGACUUCCAGGAUUGGGUGUUGUGGACUCAUUCAAAAAGCUCCGCUCCUCUGUGCUACAGGGUAUUCAGAGUAGAGAGGCAACAAACCAAGAUGGAGAGUAUGACCCUUCAUUAAAUCAGGAAAUGGCUAACGGUACACUUGUAGCCAACACUGAUCCCGGUCCUAAUGAUGGAACAAAUAAUUUAAAGACAGCAGAAGGACACAGUGUGUCUAAUGGAAAUUUUACUGGACAAAAGUUGGUUGUGAUGAGCCAGUGUGGCUCAGAUAUUGAUGACUAUGAUGAUGAGGAAAAUGAAGGAGAUGGUCUCACACGCAACUCCCGAUUCUCAAGGAGUAUCAGAAGAGCGUACGGAGCAGGACGCAUUUCUUUACUUGACAUAGGAAACGGGAGAGUUACAGGAAGCAGUGCAAAUGAAGCUGCAGACAGUCAGAAACCAGAUCAUACAUCCAAAGACAAUGUUCAAACAGAGAACACAAACAGCACGAAUGUGAAGGUGCUGAACAGACUGAGCAAAAGUGCAGAAAACCUUCAUAUAUUUAAGGCACCUUUCAGACGCAAAGCCCCAUCUCCAGGUCCUCCCUUACCUCAGGAAGACCCACAGGGGACUACCAAGUCAAACGGGACACCAAACAUCCAGAGAACAGCUAGCGCCUCCUCAGUGGACCUCCAAGGCCACGCUAGCCGCAGGAAGAGCCCUGUGAAGACCAAGGUGCCGAUGCUGAAGCUGGUAGGCAGCAUGACUGACUUAACUGUCCGACGCAGACAAAGUCCCUCCCCCAGCCCCACGACUCCGUCUCCCAUGUCACCCCUGAGCCGUCUCCAUGACGACUACUCCCGCCGUGUGCCUUGCCUACAAACCAGUGAACGACAGCGCCGGCCCUCGCCCAUCAGAGCCCGGGUCAUGUCUGUCGAACAUACACCGCUGGUUCACCACCAACCUGAGUACGAUGUUGGCCCACAGCAGCACCAGGUCCUCAUCAGCCCGGUUCCUGUGGAUCCCCCAGAGAGAACAGAGACUGCUGCCACAGCAAGUGUUUAUAAAGAGAUGGCAGAUUGUGAUUCAUCUCUACUCCGCCAAAAAGAGCCUUCACAACAACAAGAAUCAACUGAGGCCAAGUUGCUACCAAAAGAGGUGACAUCAGCGCAACAAGGGAGAGAGGAACUUCUCCAAACAGAUGAAGCAUCUCCAACAACCAGCGGCAGCACACCUCCUAUCUCCCCAACAGCCUUCUCGGAAUCACCCACAUCGCCCACAUCACCCACGGCUUCCACAGAAACAUCCUCCGUCAAGCCCAGGCGAAGGAGUGGCCGUCCAAGACCUAGGCCCAUUUCUGACUAUGGGCAGCUCAUUUCCAGGAAGCACUCCAUUCCAGAGGAAGUGGCGGAACUGCGUGCUGAGGAAAGGACAGACACCCCAUUAUUGCAUAAAGAUUGCAGUGAUAAUGACACCUAUGGGAAUGGAGAGAGCCCUGAGAGCUGCGGCAUGAACGGGGACGUUCAGCGCAGCAGGCAACGGCCAAUCUCAGUGAUAGGAGCUGUGGAUAUGUUCCCUUCUGAUGCUGAGGAGAAGGAUGACCGCCUUCCUUCUCCCCUGUCACGGCCGCCCAUCCCCUCCCACCAGGUGCCCCCCUACAGAGCAGUGUCUGCCAGGUUUCGCCCCUCGGCCCUCUCCCAGAGUACCCCCAUCGGACUGGACCGCGUUGGACGGCGAAAGCUCCACAGAGUGCUCAGCGAUGGUGUGUCUGAGUGCUCGGCGACGCUUGAUGACAGCGUGAGUGAGGAGGAGGAAGGCAGCUUUGAUGAGCUCACUGAUGUCACGCCCUACCUCCAGCCAGGGGUGGAGAUCUCUGUGCUCAACGAGUGGAUAAGCUCAGGCCACACGGUGUAUGCUGAGGCUCUCUGGGACCAUGUGACCAUGGAGGAGCAGGAGCUGGCCUUCAAGGCCGGAGAUGUUAUCCGCGUCCUGGAUGCCUCGCAUAAGGAUUGGUGGUGGGGCAGAGGGGCUGACAGAGAGGCCUGGUUCCCCUCCAGCUUUGUGAGGGUGCGAGUGAACCAGGAGGACUCGAGUGCAGAAAGUGUCGAGAGCGUUGCAGACCAGGAAGAUCCAGCUCCCAGGGACACGCACAGCGCUCAGCACAAGGAGCAGAUGAGAACCAAUGUGGUUCAGGAAAUCAUGAAUACUGAACGCAUCUACAUCAAGCACCUGAAAGACAUCUGUGAGGGUUACAUCCGCCAGUGCCGUAAACACCCGGACAUGUUUACCGAGCUGCAGUUGAAGACCAUCUUCAGCAACAUAGAAGACAUCUACAAGUUUCAGAGGCAGUUUCUGAGAGACCUGGAGAAGAAGUACAACAAAGACCAACCGCAUCUCAGUGAAAUAGGCUCUUGUUUUCUCUUGCAGGGGGAGGGCUUCUCUAUCUACUCAGAGUACUGUAACACCCACCCAGCCGCCUGUGCUGAGCUGCAGCGCCUCAUGAAGUCGGGCCGAUACAAACAUUUCUUUGAGGCCUGUCGGCUUCUCCAGCAGAUGAUCGACAUCUCCAUCGCCGGUUUCUUGCUCACGCCCGUCCAGAAGAUCUGUAAAUACCCACUGCAGCUGGGAGAACUGCUGAAGUACACCCCAAAGGACCACAGUGACUACAGCGGAGUGAGCAAAGCAUAUGAAGCUAUGAAGAAUGUGGCCAGUCUGAUAAAUGAGAGGAAAAGGCGGCUGGAGAGUAUUGAUACCAUCGCUCACUGGCAGGUUGCCAUUCUGCACUGGGAGGGACCUGAUGUGCUGGGGCGCAGUUCAGAGCUGAUCCACUCUGGUGAGCUGACACGAAUCGUCCGACAAGGCAAAAUGCAGCAACGCAGCUUCUUCCUGUUUGACCACCAGCUGGUCUUCUGCAAAAAAGACGUCCUGCGCAGAGACCUGCUCCACUACCGCGGACGGUUGGACAUGGACCAGACCGAGGUGGUGGACGUGCCUGACGGGCGGGACCCAGACCUGGGCCUGACCCUGAGGAACGCUCUGCGUCUGCGCCACGCCUCCACGCUGGAGUUUGUGUGCGUGCUGUGCUGCAGGAAGGCCCAGGACAAGCAGAGGUGGCUAGAGGCUUUUGCCAAGGAGAGACACAGAGUCAAGGAAGACCAAGAGAUGGGAAUGGAGAUCAGUGAAGAGCAAAGAAAACAGGCUAUUGUUAAUGCCAGAAGAGCCAAACAGGGGAAGAUCAAACCCAUUGGUUACUCUGGCUCUGUCCCACCCCACCACCAAAAUCUGCACCCACUUCACCAGCGUCACAUCACCAUUCCAACCAGCGUGCCUCAGCAGCAGGUCUUUUCACUGGCCGAACCCCCAAAACGAAAGCCUUAUCACCUGUUGUACAGCAUCACUCGCAACGCCUUUUUCAGGAAAUAAGGCUUUGCUCCCUCAUCCUUUUUUUCCCACCUCCCUUUGUGCAUGAUCAGAGCACGCCCAAACCGUCCCGAAGACUCAAAGAACACUUUAUUUUUUUCCUGUAUUUUCCCGCCUGUGAAUGUACUAUCAAGUUUUGUUUUUGUGCCUCACAUGUCUUUUCUUUAUGUGUCUGUAUCUUUGUUGCAUGUUGAAGUUCUGUGCCUUCACUUCAUACGGGGCAUGACAAAAGUGUUAAAAUACUGACUCUGUCCAUGUUGUUGGUUAAAGAUGCUGCUCACUAAAGCUCAUGAAAACCCCCCAA